GCGAUGAUGAGUAUCCUGCGGUCUCACGAGGGUGCCAUAUGCGCGCACAGAGGCGACUUUGCGACAACCGGUGCUCAAGUGUCUGUCCUGUAUGCGCAGGAGAGGACCGGUCCUAAAAAUAGGUCUGGGUCUAAACAUAGCAGACAAGACAUGCACUGGUUCACGGGCACUUGUCACCCCUGCUGUGCUGUGUUCAAGCCUGUGGCGUUCGUGGAUGGCGAUAUCGGUGAUAUACGAGACAAGGUAUGUGCAUAUGUUUUAUAG